GGACCUCCAUCUCCCAAUGUCGGAGGAAUCCGACACGUGACGGUCGGCCCGCCGUCUCAGACUAGAGGAGCCCUGCAAGCGCCAUGGCUCCCGAGAAGCCACCCUGUCUUCCCUCCCUGCUGCUGCCUCUCCUGACGCUGCUGUUACCCCAGGCAGACACUCGGUCGUUCGUAGUGGAUAGGGAUAACGACAGGUUCCUCCUGGACGGGGCCCCGUUCCGCUACGUGUCUGGCAGCCUGCACUAUUUUCGGGUACCGCGGGUGCUUUGGGCAGACCGGCUUUUCAAGAUGCGAUUGAGCGGCCUUAACGCCAUACAGUUUUAUGUGCCCUGGAACUACCAUGAGCCACAGCCUGGGGUCUAUAACUUUAAUGGCAGUCGGGACCUCAUUGCCUUUCUGAAUGAGGCAGCUAUAGCGGACCUGUUGGUCAUACUGAGACCAGGACCUUACAUCUGUGCAGAAUGGGAGAUGGGGGGUCUCCCAUCUUGGUUGCUUCGAAACCCUAAAAUUCAUCUGAGAAGCUCAGAUCCAGACUUCCUUGCCGCAGUGGACUCCUGGUUCAAAGUUUUGCUGCCCAAGAUAUAUCCAUGGCUGUACCACAAUGGAGGCAACAUCAUUAGCAUUCAGGUGGAGAAUGAAUAUGGUAGCUACAAGGCUUGUGACUUCAGCUACAUGAGACACCUCGCUGGGCUCUUCCGUGUGCUACUAGGAGACAAGAUCUUGCUCUUCACCACAGACGGGCCUCAAGGACUCAAAUGUGGCUCCCUCCAGGGACUCUAUACCACUGUAGACUUUGGCCCAGCUGACAACAUGACCAAAAUUUUUACCCUGCUUCGGAAAUAUGAACCCCAUGGGCCAUUGGUGAACUCUGAGUACUACACAGGCUGGUUGGAUUACUGGGGACAGAAUCACUCCACACGGUCUAUCCUAUCUGUAACCAAAGGACUGGAGAAUAUGCUCAAGUUGGGAGCCAGUGUGAACAUGUACAUGUUCCAUGGAGGUACCAACUUCGGAUACUGGAAUGGUGCUGAUGAGAAGGGACGCUUCCUUCCGAUCACUACCAGCUAUGACUACGAUGCACCCAUAUCUGAAGCUGGGGACCCCACACCUAAGUUUUUUGCUCUUCGAAAUGUCAUCAGCAAGUUUCAGAAAGUUCCCUUGGGACCUUUACCUCCUCCCAGCUUCAAGAUGAUGCUCGGACCUUUGACUCUGCACCUGGAUGGGGAUUUGCUGGAUUUCCUAGACUUCCUAUGCCCCCAAGGGCCCAUCCGUUCAAUCUUGCCAAUGACCUUUGAGGCUGUCAAGCAGGACCAUGGCUUUAUGUUGUACCGGACCUAUCUGACCCAAACCAUUUUUGAGCCAACACCAUUCUGGGUGCCAAAUGAUGGAGUCCAUGACCGUGCCUAUGUGAUGGUGGAUGGGGUGUUCCAGGGUGUUUUGGAACGAAAUAUGAGACACAAACUACUUUUGACGGGGAAACUGGGAGCCAAAUUGGAUAUCUUGCUGGAAAACAUGGGGAGGCUCAGUUUUGGGUCUAACAGCAGUGACUUCAAGGGUGUAUUAGAGCCACCAAUUCUAGGACAGACAAUCCUUACGCAGUGGAUGAUGUUUCCUCUGAAAAUUGAUAACUUUGUAAAGUGGUGGUUUCCCCUCCAGUUGCCGAAAACAUCACGACCUCAAUUUCCCUCUGGCCCCACCUUCUACUCCACAACAUUUCCAAUUUUAGGCUUAGUCGGGGACACAUUUCUGUAUCUACCUGGAUGGACCAAGGGCCAAGUCUGGAUCAAUGGGUUUAACUUGGGCCGGUACUGGACAAAGCAAGGGCCACAACAGACCCUCUACGUGCCAAGACCCCUGCUGUUUUCUAGCGGAAUCCUCAACACAAUCAUAUUGCUGGAGCUAGAAAAAGUGCCUCCCCAGCCCGAAGUCCAAUUUUUGGAUAAGCCUAUCCUCAAUAGCAGCAUACAUAAGACAUAUAUCGAUUCCCCUGAACCAAUGGUGUUAAGUGGGCACUGAAAGAAAGGUAACCCUUGAACCUGGGACAUGGAGUGGGCAGGAUCCCUCGGUGCUGGCCAUGGUGACCAUAAGGAACCAAAGGCCAGAUGGCUCUAGAUGUAAGUACAAGUGCAGUUCCCUUGCCAAACUUUAUUGCGAUUAAAGUUCCAAAGACAGAACCAGUUC